GCUUAGUAGCUUACUUGUUCCUGUGGUAGAUUCCUGUUUCCUCUGCCUCUGCCUCUGUAGACUGUGCUUAUUGUACUAUUCCUUGAGUAAAUAGUGCAUAGACCAUAACAGGUGAGAGCCCAGCAAACCUGCAUGCUUCUUAAUGUGAGAAGUUAAUAAGCCCCAAGAAGAAAAGGAGCGUUUGUGCAUUUUAACACUUGAUGCAGUUAAGCAAGGAAAUGCAUGUUGUGCAACAUAUAUGGUAAUAGUGAUAAAAUUAUAAACCUGCUGCCUCUAUUAUUUUACUCAUAAUAUGUGGUUCAUUAACUUCAAAUUCUUGUAAUGUUUUUGUGUGCUCCCUAUGCAGUUCUAUCAACUACCAUGAAUCUUUACGAGAACUAUUCACCUCCAUGAUGUAGUGGUUAACGUGCCUAGCUACGAAUGGCAAAAGCGAAGUUAUGAAUCAGUUGCUCUUGAUAUUUGCAAGGUUUUACCUUCACUUUUCGGGAGGCUUCCGUGGUGCAGUGGGCAGCAUGCCUAGCCGACCCAGGCUCAGUCCUUGUCUGGGCAGUUGGUACGCAGCCCACCCAGCUGCUCAUCUUCCCUUCCAGACUGGUCAUUGAAUGGAUAUCUGGGGAAACCUGGGGAAGCAAACUGUGGUAACCAGGGUGUGACAUUGACCCUGUGUCCCAGAGUACAGGAAAUCCCCACUAAUCAACAGGGUUGCAUUCCAAAGAAUGAAUAACAAAACUAUUGCAUCAUGAGUCUGUUUCCCCCAUAGGAUUACACAUAAUUAGGAGGGAAUAGGUUCCUGUCCUUGAGCCAAGAAAAAUUCAAUUAAAAACGAAAAGGCCAAUUUUUUCAAUGUGUUUUUGAAAACUGUCAGGGCUGGCAGUUUCACCUGAGUCCUUACUCACCUUGAAUGUUUUCUGUGUUGUCAACAAGGUGGAAGCUUUUUGCCUGAGGUUCUCCUACAGUGAUGUUGCCAUCUGUUGGGUGAGGGUCAUCUGCCUAGCCAGUAGAGUGCAGGAUGCAGCUCAGCCUGUCCACUGUGUUGAGCACCAGCCUGCAACUGGUGCCUGCAGAACAGCUUGAUCAGGCUGGACAAAGUUCAAACUGUUGACUGCUGCCUUGCCCAUAGGUUGGUGGUGCUGCUGGUGGUGUUUCUGCUGGUGAGUGGGAUCAUCUAUGUACUUUUGGGGGCCAACUACAAGUACACUCGGCUGUCGUUCAUUGCUCCGUUGCAUCCGCAGAUCAAAACAUUGGAAACCAAACUGCAGGAUACAAUGACAUCAGCCACCAGGAGUCUACAGCUGCUGGUGUCAAGCACCCAGCACCCACAGCUCUCACCUAGUCCCUCAUACUCAUCUUCUCCUGUCACCCACACACCCACUGCCUUAACCCCUAAGCCCUCCACGGCUCCAGCCACUCCCUCCCCUCUGCUGCCUGGCAGCCCCGAAACAGAGCUGUUGCCCGGUGAUUCCACCCUGCCCUACCCAAGCCCUGCCCUGGAGAACAUAACAGAUCCUCCUCCAAGAAUAUUCAAAGAGUCUCCUCUUGGCUGUGAUGACACUUCCCACUUGAAGAAGAUACUUUUUUGGAAUGACGAUUACUACAAUAAGCAUUUUGGAUUUGGGUUUGGACACGAGCCUUUCCUGAUCGCUGGGUGUCGCGUCAACACCUGCACCACCACAGGCGACAGGACGCGAUACUCACUUGAGGAGGUGGAUGCUGUCAUCUGGCACUUCAGGGCCAAUGACAGGUCUCUCCCAGAUUACAGGUCGCCCCACACCCGUUAUGUGCUGUGGCUGAUGGAGUCACCUUCAUAUUUGUACGGGGAUCUCAAGGACUAUGACAAUGUCUUCAACUGGACCUUCACGUACAGGCUGGAUUCAGACUUCCUUCUACGGUACAACCAGGUGUUCCGUCGCUCCCAGCCCCUUCCACCCACAGAACAUAAUUACGCUUCAGGAAAAACAAAACUGGCUGCCUGGUUUGUCUCACACUGCACCACGGAUUCUGGCAGGAUCACGCUGGCCAGGACGCUGCAGCAACAGAUUCCUGUGGAUGUGUUUGGUGCGUGCGGACCAUUUGAAUGCCCAAGGAAACUUACCAAAGAGUGUUAUGCCAUGCUCAAUGCCACGUACAAGUUUUACCUUGCGUUUGAGAACUCACUCUGUCAGGACUACAUCACGGAAAAGUUUUUCAACAUACUAAGGCUGGACGUUGUGCCGGUGGUGUAUGGCUUGGGGAAUUACUCAGCCCAGGCACCACCUCACUCCUACAUUGAUGCCCUCAGCUUCCCAUCAGUGAGUGCAUUGGCAGACUACCUCCUAUACCUCCACCACAACGACACUGCCUACAACGAAUACUUCAGAUGGAAGAGGCAUCAUAAAAUGUUUAGCUUUUGGGCCCUGACUUCACAAGAGUAUUGCUCCCUUUGUGAGCGCCUCCACACCGACACUACCCCCAAGACCUACGACAUGUACAAAUGGUACGUGCAAGAUGCUCGUUGUAAAAGCAAAAAUAGUCCCGACAUAUAUGACUUCAUCAACACAGCAUCAAGAAUCAAUAGAGCAAGUCUUACAUUGUGCUUUGGAGUGUACUAUUUGUUUGUGACUAUAAUUCUUACACAUGCCCCAAGCAGUCUUCUUUUGGUGUAGUCCAUGUGUGGGAUGAACCCGACCUCUAUUUGUCCAUGAUCUGUGAUCCAUAUCCACGUCUGCAUCAGUCAUGUUUUCAAGCUCAACUUGCUGAUCACUAAUGCAAGGCAGUAUUGAAGGGAAGGGAGGUGUUGCAAUUAACUGCCCCAGGCAUGGUCAGGACUGGAUCAAGGGAUGCCUCUGCCUUUCACCAUAUGCUCAAAUUUUCACUUGCACAGAUUACAGACGAGUGAAUGCCUCCUGCCCUCAACCUCAACAAGAAUACAAGUAACUUACUGUUCAUUGUUUCAAUUAUUAAUGUGCAUCUAACACACACACACACACACACACACACACACACACACACACACACGAGCGUAAGCCCGGGCCCUGUAAAACUAUAACUAGGUAAAUACACACACACACACACACACACAGACAGCUGUAAAGUUUAGGGAUUGAGGUGUGAAUAUCCUACAGCUUUUGACUGAAGAAAAUUGUUUUACAUCACAGAUAGUAUUAAAUAACUAACUAAAUAAUAUAUAAAACUAGUUUUAUCAUUUUGGGAGAUUCGUGACAAUAUUGUAUUUAUCAUUGGUUUUACAUACGUCACGUCUUGGGUAUAUUUUAUUUCGAACAUUUCUUUCUUUAUUAGAUGGAAUAGAUUAUACAUGAAUAUACUGUAUAGAGAGAGAGAGAGACAUAUAUACUGUUGCAAGUCUCAAAUUGACCAUGCAAGGAGAAAAGGAGGCCAAAUAUGAAGCACUGUUUGCUAACAAGCAUAACUGUUACAAAGCUCCCAAAAAUGAUAUCUAAUAAAAGAAUAUGUAUAUAAUUUACUUACCCUUUGCUGUCCAAGGGCCAAGGGCCUUGCAUUGUUUCUUCCUUUUAUGGGCAUGUUCAUCAUCACCAUCGUCACUGAUAAACUUGCUCUUCUGGUCACUCUCUGUGCCUGCUAUAUCCUUAUCCAUGGCCAGGCUGGGUGAAGGAAUGUCCGUGCGUCCAACUCUUGUUUUUUCACCCGGCUAACGAGAUUGACCCCGCGGCCCGCACGACCCGGCUGACCCAGGAGUUGCCAGUCUCACCUGGCCUCCUAAUUACCCCAAAAAAGCGAAAAAAGUCCGUGGCCAAAUUCAUUCCAAACGUACGUAGCCCGCCAGUAAAAGCCAGAUUCGUCCCAAUCGAAGCGGACGGGUUAAAGCAGUCAAUCAUGUUACGUUGAACCACUGAAGGUGGAAGCUUAUUCCAUUCUUGCACUACAACGUUGGUGAAGAAAAAUUUGGUGCAUUCUGAAUUUACUUGCCUACACUUAAGUUUUGUGCCAUUAUUCCUCGUUCACAAAGUUUCAUCGAUCAUAAACAAUUUUGAUUUGUCCACAUUCGUAAAUCAUAAUAAUAAUAAUAAUAAUAAUAAUAAUAAUAAUAAUAAUAAUA